GAUGAAAUCUCGUUCACAACUUCACAGUCACAAAAUUACAAACUACUGCAAUCAUUUUCAUUCUGAUUCAAGGCGAGACUCGAGUGUUGUUUACAAGUGAAUUCAAUAGAAUUAACUUAAUCAAAAUCAAUUAUUUUUUCCCAAGUCUAAUCAACCAAGACUAUAAUCAACAAAUUUGUGCGAAACACUCAAUUUGAAGUGUAAAAAAAGUGUUAAAAAGCUUUGCGAGAAGAUUUCGCAGCGGUUUUAGUAAGCAAUUUGAUGACAUUAUUCGAGUUGGACGAAUUCUUAGACAUGCCACCUGUUAAGCGAGGAAGGCGAGGAGUUAGCGGAGACGAGGAUGAUGAGGAGUACAGGAAAAAGAGGGAGAGAAACAAUGAGGCUGUUAAGAAAAGCAGAGUUAAGUCCAAGCAGCAGACACAGGACACAUUCUCCCGAGUCAAGCGACUUAAAGAAGAAAAUCAACAACUGGAAGACACCACCAAACGGUUGACCAAAGAACUGGAGUUACUGAAGGAGCUCUUCAUCGCUACUGCGGCCAACAAAUCAAACCCGAAGUUUGAGGGCAUGGACCUUGAGAAACUGCUGGAAGAUACUCCCGAAGUUAAGUUUUAGUUGUGUUCCAAUAAAGCUGUGUUUAUUGCGCUCUACUGAUCUAGAAACUACUGUUAGAAUAUUAUGUUGUAUCAUAUCUAAAAUUAAUUAGUAUUAAGGUUUUUUCUGUGUUUUACACAUCACAUGUAAAUCAGAAUAAAGUCGAGACUAGCAUUGACUAAAAAAUAUUGUCGCUGUUGAUAAUUAUAUUAUAAUUAUCCAGUAUUCAUAUACGUAUAUGUAGUUUUAGCACAAGACCUUUUACAAUUUUAAGAUCAAUUUCUUACUAAGAAAGGUAGUAGAAACAGAAGUUAAUUGUACGAAGUACUUUAUAAGAUAUUCGACUUAUACCAUAAGUACAAUAUUCUAGGAAUAAAUCGCGAAUUUAUCUCUGAUAUAUAAGCUAGUAUUGCAUGUUAUUUGAGAUUGAUCUGUGAUUUUACUGUGAUUUAUUUAUUAAUAAGUCGAAGCAAUAUGUAUUCAUGUUAUGUUAUCAUUAUUUUGUAUGGUUUAUCCAUAUGAUAGCCAGCCAGACUUAAAAAUAUUUUUGCUGAGUCAUGUAUGGGGUCAGAAUGACCUUGGGAAAAGUGACUCACUUAUACAAUUUUGACCAAGGUCGGUUUUACAUUGUUUCAGUUCUAUACAUUUUGAUUUUUUUUAUUGUAUUGUCUAUAACUAGUGUUUAUGCAUUGUGUUUUGUAUGAGACAAUGAUGAUAUUUUCUGUGCAUUAAAUGUUUCAUUAGCCCAUGUACACUUGUAAGUUGAAAAAGUCUUUAUGGUGUCGUCAAUAAGGUGGCUUUUUGUACAAAUACUUUUAAAACUUCUUAUGUUUGGAUAAUCUUUUCUCAAAGCUUUCAAUAAUAACUCAUAGAAGGAGGAAAAAGUAAAUAACAGUGCUAAAAAAAAGUUAAAUGAAAAGCCCUUUAGACUAUUGUUUUCGAUUGGAAUUUUAUUAUAAUCUGUGAUAGUUUAGUUCAUACGACACAAAUAUCACCCGCCAAGUUUCGUGUCUGCUAGAACGGGAUAGCAGUAAAGACUGUUUUGAUACCCAUACUAAGUAUUCGCUGUCCUUCUCGCACUUUUCAAAAUGCCUACGAAUUUUGGCGGUAUGUAUGCACAAAAUAUUUCUGAAUAAAAUUAUGGGUGAAAUGUGGUAUAGUAUUAUUAUAUAAUAAAUCUGUUGUUAUGUAUUGUCUUAUGUUAAUUUGUGUAUAUUUCAAUGAAAGAAAUAUGAUAAAAUUGUUACAUUAUCAUUUAAAAACAAGGUAAUAUAAUUUUUUUCUGGAAAAUUAAAACAACAUAAAUACUCAUAACAUUUUUAUUAUGCAAAAAUAGAAUCUUACCAACUACAAUAAUUAUUAAGUACAAACUAUUUGUUUCGGGAUACUUCGAACACUUUCGGGCUCGAAUCGGGUCCCAAAACAAACAUCCGUACUGAAAUAUUAUCCACGAAUUUUAUAAUUAAGUAUUAUGUAAGGAUUUAUUAAUUAUACUAUUAAAUAUACAUUUGAUACAAUUAUA